AUGGAUCCAGUCGUGAUCGUCACCGGCGCUGCUGGUGGAAUUGGCUUGGAAAUCGUCCGAUAUCUAUUAGAGGAACUCAAAGGCCGAGUAGUUGCCGUCGAUAUCGUCAGAGGCGGGUUGGAUGCCAUGGCCGAAGCCAACCCUGAUCGCUUAGAGGUGAUAUUAGGGGAUAUAAGCGCCGUAAGCAGUCACGAAGCUAGUAUCAGACGUCGGGGCUUACAAUCAAAUAGGAAGAGACGUCUGCCAAAUCGGUCAGCCAAGCAGUUAGUCGAUUCGGCCGACUGA